CAGGCGAUUUGAGAGCUCAGGUCCAAGUUCAGUGACCGACUGGUAGCGAAACUCCAGCGAAGCAUGGCUCAGCGUUACCUUUGCACGAUACUGCUAAUUUUCGCCACUGUCUCCAGGUUUAAGGGCCUGGGGGGCAGGGAGCUACGGGCUACAUCGCGAAUCCCUUCUUACUUCAGCCGAGAGGAGCGCACUGCUAUGAAAGAGGCGCUGAAAGGUGCCAUCCAGAUUCCAACAGUGUCUUUUAGCCAUGAGGAGUCCAAUACCACAGCCCUAGCUGAGUUUGGAGAAUACAUUCAUAAAGUCUUUCCUACGGUGUUCAGCACCAGCUUUAUCCAGCAUGAAGUUGUGGGAAAGUACAGCCACCUACUCACUGUGCGAGGCUCAGACCCCAGCUUGCAGCCCUACAUGCUCUUGGCUCACUUUGACGUUGUGCCUGCCCCUGAAGAAGGCUGGGAGGUGCCCCCGUUCUCUGGGCUGGAGCGUGAUGGCUUCAUCCAUGGUCGGGGCACACUGGACAACAAGAACUCUGUGAUGGCGAUCCUGCAGGCCUUGGAGCUCCUGCUGAUCAGAAACUACGUCCCACAGAGAUCUUUUUUCAUUGCUCUGGGUCAUGAUGAGGAGGUAUCAGGAACCAAUGGGGCUCAGAAAAUCUCAGCGCUGCUACAGGCCAGAGGUGUCCAGGUGGCUUUCGUUGUGGAUGAAGGCAGCGGCAUCUUGGAUGGAUUUAUUCCCAGCCUCGAGAAGCCCUUUGCCAUGAUUUCGGUCUCAGAAAAGGGUGCAAUUGACCUCAUGCUGCGGGUAAACAUGACUCCAGGCCACUCUUCAGCUCCUCCAAAGGAGACAAGCAUCGGCAUCCUAGCAGCUGCCGUUAGCCGACUGGAGCAGACCCCAAUGCCGAACAUGUUUGGAAGCGGGCAGUUGAAGACGAUGUUGCAGCAACUGGCAAGUGAGUUUCCCUUCCCUACCAAUAUAGUCUUGAGCAACCUGUGGUUAUUUCGGCCCCUCGUAAGCAGGUUAAUGGAUAGAAAUCCCAUGACCAAUGCACUGGUCAGGACCACCACAGCAGUCACCAUGUUCCAUGCCGGGGUCAAGGUAAAUGUCAUCCCCCCAGUGGCCCAGGCCAUAGUCAACUUCCGGAUUCACCCUGCACAGACGGUCCAUGAGGUCCUAGAACUUGCCAAGAACAUUGUGGCUGAUGACCGAGUGCAGUUCCAAGUGCUGAGAGCCUUUGACCCUCUGCCCAUCAGUCCCUCUGACGACCAGGCGAUGGGCUACCAGCUGCUCCGCCAGACCAUACAGUCCAUCUUCCCAGAAGUCAAUAUUGUUGUCCCUGGAACUUGUAUCGGCAAUACAGACAGCCGGCAGUAUGCGAACCUCACCAGCAGCAUCUACCUGUUCAAUCCUGUCCUCUUCCAGCCUUCAGACUUCAGUAGCAUUCACGGAGUCAAUGAGAAGAUCUCAAUCCAAGCCUACGAGACGCAGGUGAAAUUCAUCUUUGAGUUCAUCCAGAAUGCUGACACAUACAAGAAGCCAGUUCCUCACCUGCAUGAUCUGUGAGGUCGAGGAGCCAGGGGAGACAACAGGAGAGAAAGUUUCUAUGAAAGUGCUGAGUUCAUUAAGUAUUGAAAACUUAAGUAAAAUAUAUUUAUAAAAUUAAGCUAUUUGUAAUUCUAGUGUUCACUGUCCAUAGAGCAGUCAAUAAAGAGAAUCAAUAUCAUGUUUCACAUAUAUCUGGACCUACAAACAUAAAAAUUUAAGAAUAGUAUAUACUAAUUCUACCGAAUGUUCCUCUGCCAUCAUUUAUUGUUGUGAAUAUGAGAUGUGAUCUAAAAAUACAAUGAAUGUUUAUUUUUUGUGUGACAUUUUUAAUGUUAAAUAAAAUAGACAAUUUCAUUACAUA